UCAUUUUGUUGCGCAGGGUUAGAGUUGCUCUUAGGAAGGAUUACUGUAGUAGGUACAAUAGAAUUCGUGUCGAAAAUGAGUAGCAGUGGUGGCAAGAGUGGAGGAAGAGCCAGUUCCAGCGGUGGACGUGUUAUAUGUCAUGAUCAUCAUGGGAAAGUAAAAGGGAAGACUGUGUGUCAUCCUAAGCAUGAGCAUAAGCAUGAGCAUAAACAUGAGCAUAAACAUGUUGAUGUUAAUGUUAAUGUUAAUGUUCAUAUACAUAAACAUGAGCAUAAACACGAGCACAAACAUGAACAUGGGUAUAAACAUGAGCAUGAGACGACGUGCCCAAAGUCAACUUAUGGUGGUGGUGGUGGUGGUGGUGGUGGGGGUGGUGGAGGUGGAAAUAUAUCUUGGGAGCAGUAUCUUACAUCUGGAGUUGCAAUUAAUUGGAAUAAUGCUGAUGCUAGAUAUCAUGCUAAUCGACUUGGUAUCCCAAUACCAGGAGGAUCGUCUUCCAGUGGUGGUGGUGGACGGUGGUGUUAUAAUGCAUGUGGACAACAGGUAUGGAUUCCGUAAGCUUGCCUUGCUUACUGGGAUUUAUCUUGCCAAACGGACGAACCCCUCCUCUGUCUCUCUCUGUUUCUCUUUCUCUCCACUCCUUCUUUGUCCCUUUCUUCUCUUCUUCUUGUUUUCUAUUUUGAUGUCUUUACUUCUGUAUUAUCUUUUUUUUAGGGUUCGUGUGGUCUGAUCGGGAGGAGAUGUUGUAAUUGCUAUAUUUAUGUGUAGUGUCUUAUGUAAUCUUGAAGGGUAUAUUUGGAUUAUCAAUAAAUUGCUAUAAUAUGGUCUUCCUAUAAAAUACAUAUUCAGGAAUGGAAUUAAAAUUUAAU